AUGACCCCUUCCUGCCCGAAUGUGGCACAAAACCCGGUGAAUACGCUGCGACGAGACAUGGCCCUCCUGAAAACGUUGUACGACCACAGGCCCUCGCUGCGAUGGCCCCAAGCGCGCCUUGAGCUUUGGAAGUCAGCAUUCGGGUAUUCCUAUUCCUGUCAGAAGGCGCAGGGCAGUCCGCAGACUUCUGCGCGCGCUUCUCUCCUGCUCAUCCAGUAUUACGUCGCGCUGGUAACCGCAUCUACAUCCGUCUAUGCCGAGGAAACGCUGUAUGAUCGGUUCCUGUAUGCCUUCAAGCGGAUUCUUUCCCUGGCGAGAUCAUCCAACGCCUGUCAAGAGAGUGCCGCUGCAACUUCGCUAGUCGGCGUUCCAAUGAAGAUGGGCGUCAUUUACCCGUUGUAUUUUGUCGCAACAAAAUGUCGAGACUCGGCGGUCCGGCAUGAGGCCAUCGACUUGUUGUCCUCGGCGCCAUAUCCGGAUGUGGUCUGGGAGGCGCCGAUACUGGCGGCGGUGUCACGAAGAGCGAAGGAAAUGGAGGAGCUAGGACUCGACAGCAAUCAGCCGAUCCCCGAGUUCAAGAGGCUUCAUGGCCUCGGGUGGGCAAUUGAUUAUGAAUCUCGCCAAGUGCGGGUGGAAUUCCGUAGACGGUCCAACGGAAUGGACGGGGAGUGGGAUGAAUGGGAGGAAUGCCUUAGUUGGUAG